UCCGCCAUUGUGGUUGCAAGUUCUGCCCUGUGCGAUGUUCAAAAAACGUCCUAGGCGCCAUCUUGUGACGUCAGGUCGCCCCUCAGCCUGACUGCUCGGAAGCGGGGCUAGGGCCCGCUUUUUUAAACGUUCGAGUUAGCAAACAGCAACCGCAAAGCCCACGUCGCAUCCUGUCUUACUAACAUCGCGAACGCGUUUUUUAAACACCGAAAAGGAGACCCUACGUGGUGCUAGGCCAAGCAGACACCAACCCCACUUUCCGCACAGGUUGGCAGCUCUGAAGCGUCUCGUGUGACCAGCCAACCAAUCAGCUGAUCGGUGUUUACAUAAAUUACAUUCCUCCUACGGUCCUACCAGAGCAGCAGAUCAGUCUGGAGUUGCAGCCCACAAGAGAAACACCGACAUGGCGACACCAGGCAAAGGAGCACCACUCAGCCAAGGGCAAAAGAAAUUCCUGCUGGAGCUGGUGUCGGAGAAGCCUGUCCUGCAGGACAAGUCUCAUGGGAUGGCGGUCACCCUUGAGAAGGUCAAGGCGUGGCAAGAGAUUGCUGCAGCCUUCAGCCUGAAUUACCCGGCCGAUCCCAAGUCGGAGAAACAACUUAAACGAGCAUGGGAAUACACGAAGAUGAGGGCAAAGAAGAACCACAGCCACCGUGUGCAGCACAUAUUUGCAACUGGUGGAGGGAAAUCCAUGCCUUCACCACCUAAAGAAGACCAGCUGAUCAUGUCAACCCUCUCGCGGGAGCUGGAACCUGCGACCCAGCAGUGUGACACCCUGGAUCCAAACAUUGUGGUCGUGGAUGCCUCUGAAGUUGUUAAGUUCCAGUAUUUAUAUAUACGUAUAGUACUACCACGUUGUUUUGAAGUAAUUUCCUUAAUACAUGGUGCAUUUUAAUAUAGAUGUAACUUGUAAGGUUCUGGAAAUGCAACACAUUAAUAGAAUUAGAUAGAUUUACUUCUGAUUAUGAAUUUUAUCUUUUGGUCUCGUCUCCAUCGGCACUUCAUGGAAGAGCAGAGCAAUGGCAGCCAGAGGUUCCUUCGUUUGUGAAAACCAUUCUACGUAUUGUGGAAUAUGCUCAUCAACAAGACGCCU